AUGUCUCAAGGAAAAGCUGAUGGGAAAAAGGAGCAUAAAAGUCAAGAGAAGGCAGUUGCUGCAGCUUCAAAAUCUAGUCUUGCUUCUAGGCUUGUUGAAAAGAAAAGCAAGGAUGAUGAUGAUUCGGAUGAGGAUGAGACUGAUUAUUCGGAUGAGGAUGAGACGGAUGAUUUUGAUGAGGGUGAGGGAUUCCUGAAGAAGGCGACGAUGAUGAUUCAAGUGAUGAGGAUGAUACCACCAGAGGCAGGCAAGAAGAGAGCUGCUGAAAAUGCUCUGAAAACUCUGCUUUCUGAUAAGAAAGCAAAGGUUGCCACGCUGUCAGCCCAGAAGACAGGUGGCAAGAAGGGCACCACCCAUGUGGCAACUCCAUACCCAGCCAAGCAGGCGGGCAAGACCCCUGCAAACAAUGACAAGUGA